AUGGGGAACAAUUCUGAGUUGAUUGAGUCCUUGCUACGUCAGAUGUCUUCUACAUUCAAGAUUCGAGAUCUGGGCAGACCUAGUUUUUUCCUGGGCAUUGAGGUAUUGGCUUAUAACAGUGGUCUCUUGCUCUCUCAGAAGCGUUACAUGCUGGAUAUCUUAGCCCGGGCUGGAAUGACUGACUGCAAAGCUCUAGCAACACCAGCUACUGUGUCUACAACCGCUGUCCCAAGUGCUGAGCCUUUUGACAAUCCAACUCAGUAUCGCCGUAUUGUCGGUGCCCUUCAGUAUCUUACUAUUACUCGGCCUGAUCUUUCCUACUCAGACAAUCGUUUGUGUCAGUUUAUGCAUUCACCGACAGAGGAACACUGGGGUCUACUCAAGCGGGUUUGUCGUUAUGCUAAAGGGACGCUUGAUCUGGGACUACAUCUCACUCCGUCCACCCGCUUUGACAUCCAUGCAUACUCUGACUCAGAUUGGGCCGGGUGUCCAGUUGACAGGAAGUCUACUAGUGGUUAUGCCGUUUUUAUUGGUAACAAUCUCAUAUCGUGGGUCUCACGCAAGCAGCGUACAGUUGCUUGUUCGUCUACCGAGGCUGAGUACAAAGGCCUUGCCGAUGUUGCGGCUGAAGUUACUUGGUUGGUGUCGUUGCUUAAUGAACUCCGGUUACACUCAGGCCAGCCGGCAACCCUCUGGUGUGAUAAUCUCGGUGCUACUUAUCUGGCUGCUAAUCCCGUCUUUCACGCAAGAACCAAGCAUGUUGAAAUCGACUAUCACUUCGUCCGAGAUAAGGUUGCUUCAGGAGAUUUGGUAGUCAACUUCGUGUCUACUCAGGAACAGUUGGCGGACAUCUUUACUAAACCACUACCAGUGAGACGUUUUCAAGCUCUGCGCUCCAAGCUCAAUGUUGCUGCCUAUCAACCUUGUGCUUGA